GUGGCAGCAAGGGAAUCGUGGGAGGAGGUGGCCCCGGCUGCUGAGAAGGCUAUCGUCCCGGGACGGGCAAAGGCUAUGGCAGCAACGUCGUCGAAAAUCCCGAUGCAGCGAUUGAUACCGGCAGCCUCCCCAAGUGCCCCACUGGCACCUGGUGAUGUCAAAAGGGCCGAGGAGACAAGCACACCAACUGAGGUGUUGCCCACAGAAAUCCCUAACCCAACAGCCUCGCUUCCUAUUACCACGAUCGAAUCCCUUGCCCUCGCCCCGACGACAUCCCCGACCACAAGCACAACAGUUUCCAGCCAAAAUAUCGGACAAACCCAGACAGGCGCGGCACAUUCGACAGCUACCGCGGGGACGGACGCUGAGGGCGGCGAUGGGGAAAUGAACGUGGCCGUGAAGGCCGGCAUCGCAAUUGGUGCCCUCGGAGGCGUCCUAGUCGUGUUUGUGCUGGUGUGGCUCCUCUUCAGCAUGCGGAGGAAGAAGCUUGAGAGGCAGAGACAGCAGAUCGAGGCCGACGAAAAGAUCCACGGACCGUUCACCGAUGCCGCAGCGAUCCGAAGCCCGACCACGGCACCGAGACUCAGCCUCAGACCCAUCACCCAAUUCUUCCCAGCCCUCAACACAACUAAUCAGGCCGAAAGGGGCGCCAAUUGUGGCAUCCCGUUGACUCUCAAUCCUGUUUCAGCAUCCCCGACGGCCUCCAUGUCACCCUUGAACCCCCCGGCUGGAGGCAGCGCUUGGGAGCGCCUGACGUUGAACUCAACCCUGAACGCGCCUAGCCCUCACGGAGACCGACCAGGCACAAGCACCAGCAGCCUCUAUCCGAACGACCCGUUCAAUGACACGCAGCGUGUCCAUAACAAUGAGCCUGUCAGCCCAAUCAGCUCGAUGGGCUCUUUUGAGAACCGGCCUCGCGCCCCAACUGCGACUGACGCGCACUCGGAACCCGUAUCGCCCAUCGAAGAUGACGAAGCCGAUACCGCCGCCACCCUGACCAGGAAGGCAUCCAUGCGCAAGGACCUGCCCAAACCGCUCGAUCUAACCAAGCCCCCGUCUCCCCUAUACGUUCCGCCCAGUCCCGCCGCCACCGAAUAUAGCAUGCACUCGAUGGCGCCAGGCCAGGCCCCCGGCCCCUCGGCCAGCGCAGCCGCCAUCGCCGCAGCAGGCGGUCCAUCCCACUCAACAGUCCACCGUGUCCAGCUCGACUUCAAGCCGAUGCUGGAAGACGAGUUGGAAGUAAAAGCUGGACAACUCGUGAGGCUGUUGCAUCAGUAUGACGACGGUUGGGCCCUCUGCAUCCGCCUUGACCGCUCCGAGCAGGGCGUCGUCCCGCGGACAUGUCUGUCCACCCGACCGGUCAAGCCUCGCCCCGCGCACACGGGCGCCGCCGGCAGCGGGAGUAGCUUCCGUUUCGGACCGCCCGUCAACCCCUCGUAUCAGCAUCAUCGCCAGCAAAGCAGCAGC